UUGACACUAGUUUCGCUUCGGUAUUAUUAUGCAGAGCUUCUUACCAGGGCUAUUAAGCUAUUGGCUACAAUUUAACAUCCUUUUAAAUUUAGGUUUAGUUGCAAAUGUGUGACAAUGUAAGACAAAUGUCUUUUGCUGUAAUUCAAAAGUGAUUUAAUGUUUGGUUGAGGUUUAAAAUUGAAAGGUAUUUCCACGAACCACAGCAGUCCAAAUGGAUCCCAGUCCAUUCAUUUUAGAUGGAGGUUUAGCAACAGAACUUGAAGCAAGUGGAUUUCAAUUACAGGGAGAUCCACUAUGGAGUGCACGAAUUUUGCAUUCAAACCCACAGGCCAUUAAGGACGUACAUUACAGAUAUCUUCAAAGCGGUUCUGAUGUUAUAACAACAGCCACAUAUCAGGCCAGCAUUGAGGGAUUUGUGAAAUAUCUUGAUCUCCGGCCUGAGGAGGCUCAGCAGAUGAUAAUGUCAGGGGUUCAACUGGCAAAAGAGACAGUCCGUGAGUUUAUGUCUCACUCAACUGUAUCAGACAGAAGAGAGCCUGUGGUUGCAGGUUCAGUGGGUCCAUAUGGGGCGUUUUUACAUGAUGGGUCCGAGUACACAGGAGCCUAUGAGGACAAGAUGACAGUGGAGGUAAUGCAGGAUGAAGCUCUCUGUCCACCCAAGCCGCCACCACAUAAGAAUUUAAAGUGUAUCCAGUGCUUAGUAAAAGCUGAUCUUGUUGCCAUGGAGACCAUUCCAAGUCUCAAAGAGGCAGAGGCUUUGGUGGAAGUACUCAGAGAAUUUCCAGAAGCUAAAACCUGGCUUUCCUUUUCUUGUAAGGACAUUCAGAAUAUUUCAAGCGGGAGAUUUUCUGAGGCGGUUCAGGUGGCUUGUAGGUCCUCACAGCUGGUGGCCGUAGGGGUGAACUGUUGUCCUGCUCCGUUAGUGAAACCGCUUCUAGAGUCAGCCAAGUCACUCAAGAAAGCAGAUUUGAGCUGGGUGGUCUAUCCUAAUAGUGGAGAAGAAUGGGACCCCAAGACAGGAUGGAAAACUAAAAAACGCACGUCAUUUGCCAAACCAAGUCUCGACUGGAAAGAACAAGGGGCUUUGUGGAUUGGUGGCUGCUGCCGUGUUGGUCCUGCUGAUAUAACUGAGCUGAAAGAACAUCUACAUGUAUAGCCGUGACUCAUCAAAUACC